AUGGAGAACACCAAAAUGCAGCCAGAUUUAGUGCAAAAUGAAUCUGUCUAUGAUAUAGAAAAAGAAUUACAGGCUUUUGAUGAAUCAAAAGCUGGUGUCAAGGGACUUGUAGAUGCUGGGAUAGUUAAAAUCCCUCCCUUCUUUGUGGUACCAGAAAGUGAAGUCUCUUGCCAACCAAGUCCUGCCGAUUUUCAGAUUCCGGUCAUAGACCUGAAAGGCAUUCAUGAAGAUGACGCUAGACGUAGGAAAAUUGUUGAUCAGAUACGCAAUGCUUCAGAGACAUGGGGGUUCUUUCAGGUUGUGAAUCAUGGUAUAUCAAAGGAUGUUAUGGAAGGAAUGAUUGAAGGAGUGAAGAGAUUUCACGAGGAAAAGAAUAAAGUGAAAAAGGAAUAUUAUACUAGGGACACGAAGAAGAAGGUGACUUACACAAGCAACUCUCUCCUUUACAAGGCAAAAGCAGCAAAUUGGAGGGAUACAUUGUAUUUUCGCAUUGCUCCUGAUGAUCCAGAUCCUGAAGAAUAUCCAGCAGUCUGCAGGCAAUUUUUUGUUCUUAAUUCUUUACCUCAUUUCCUUCCUCAGGAGAUAGCAAUAAAAUAUUCAGCAUCUAUAAGGAGGUUGGGGGACACCCUUCUUGAAUUACUAUCUGAGGCUCUUGGACUGAAGCCUAACCAUCUGACUGAAUUUGGGUGUGCUAAAGGGCUCAACAUUAUGUGCCAUUACUAUCCAGCAUGCCCCGAGCCCAACCGAACUCUGGGAAGCAGCCCCCAUAAUGACCCUGACUUCUUCACUAUCCUUUUGCAAGACCACAUUGGCGGCCUCCAAGUAUUUCACCAAGAUCAUUGGGUUGAUGUCUCUCCAAUUGCAGGAGCUUUCGUAGUUAACAUAGUUAUAGUAUUGAAACAGCUUAUCUCAAAUGGCAAGUUCAAGAGUUCUGAGCAUAGGGUGCUGGCUAAUCUCAUUGGUCCACGAAUAUCAGUGACGAGCUUCUUCGCAAUCUAUGACCGGAUUUGCGGUCCGAUAAAAGAGUUGACGUCAGAUGAAAAUCCUCCUUUGUACAAGGAGGUUCUGCUGAAAGACUACAUUAUUCAAUACAGGUGGAAAGAACGUGAUGGUGGCAUCUCUAUACUUGAUCGUUUCAGACUGUUAGAAAUUCAGUCACUCCUAAAUUUGCCUUCUCGGCAACCUGAAGGCAUCUACAUUUCCAUUUCUAUUGGUGUUGCAAUAAAGCAUUGUUUGCAUAUUUGCUUGUUGCAUUUGCAAACCUGUGGUUGGAUUCCUCCCUUACCAGAACUGUAUCUAUCUCAUGUUUCCAAGACGGUAGAAUGCUUUCAUGAAAUUUGA